GGCGGCAGCGGCGGCGCGUGGCAGGUCCGGCGGGCUCGAGGCGGCGGCUGAGGCGGCCUGGUCCCGGCCCAGCCUCGUCCCGCCCGGCUGCCCGGACCCGACCCCUGACCGCCCGCCCGCCCGGCUCGCUCGGCGCGCCGCGGCCCCGCCCCGGCCCGGCACCUCCCAAGGGAGCGGCGCCGCCGGCCGAGCGCAGGCCUGGCCAUGACCGACUUCAAAUUGGGCAUCGUGCGGCUCGGCCGGGUGGCCGGGAAGACCAAGUACACGCUGAUAGACGAGCAGGACAUCCCGCUGGUGGAGGGCUACUCCUUCGAGGCCAGGAUGGAAGUGGAUGCCGAUGGAAAUGGUGCUAAGAUAUUCGCUUACGCCUUCGACAAAAACCGAGGCAGGGGCUCGGGCAGGCUCCUGCAUGAGUUGCUGUGGGAGCGGCACAGAGGCGGCAUCGCCCCCGGCUUCCAGGUCGUGCAUCUCAACGCUGUGACCGUGGACAAUCGCCUGGACAACCUGCAGCUGGUGCCGUGGGGCUGGCGGCCCAAAGCGGAGGAGACCUCCAGCAAACAGAGGGAGCAGAGCUUGUACUGGCUCGCAAUCCAGCAGCUCCCCACGGACCCCAUUGAGGAGCAGUUCCCCGCGCUGAGCGCCACGCGGUACUACAACGCCAACGGGGACGUGGUGGAGGAGGAGGAGAGCUCCUGCACCUACUACGAGUGCCACUACCCGCCCUGCACGAUGAUCGAGAAGCAGCUCCGGGAGUUCAACAUCUGCGGGCGCUGCCAGGUGGCCCGGUACUGCGGCUCGCAGUGCCAGCAGAAGGACUGGCCCGCCCACAAGAAGCACUGUCGGGAGAAGCGGCGCCCCUUCCAGCACGAGCUCGAGCCGGAGCGAUGACUGAGCAGCGGCAGCUCGGCCCUGCGGCUCCAGGCCUGCCCUGGACACCGCGGACACGUGGUGGUGGAGCCUGGUGGUGUGCAAGAAGCCAGCGGCGCCCGGAGCGGCGGCGGCAGCGGCGGCCCUGGUUGCGGGCACUUGGCGGGGCCCAGCGCUCCCCUGGAAGUGCUCCCUGCAGUAGAGACGGCUGGGAGGCUCCCGCCAGGAUGCUUCUCAUUAUUUAUAUGUUAAUAUGUUUGUAAACUCAUGUACAGUUUUUUGGGGGGGAGGCCGUGGGGGGUUAGGAAUUACAAAUAGCAUCAUUUGCUGUCAUCCUCAAGCAGCAGACGGUCAGGCCACGGGUCUCAAACUGUCAGAGCAGGAGCCGCCCAGGAGCGCGGCCUCGGCGUGGCAUCUACACGGAAAGUAAAGGGCAGUCACCUAGCACCUGCUCUGCGCGCCUCCUUUCCCGCUGAGCCUGUUUCCGAGUGGGCCGGGCCCUGGGGUGGGGGCCCGCCUCGAUCCUGGGCUUCUCCCAGGAGUGAGGCCCAGACCCACUGCCCUGUGGGGUGGAGCGGACCUGGGUGAUCACAGCCCA